AUGGUUGAGGCUGCCCGCCGUUCCGCACGCCAGCACAAGGUCAACCCAAUAUACGCCAAUGAUGGUUGGGACAAGGACACCUUGCGCGUUCUCCGCGCUUCUUCCGAGUCAUCUGGCUCGAGCCCAGACGAGAAGGCACCAGUUUCUGAUCACGGGAACGAGCAAUCAUCCGAAGCCGCCGAUGAUAUCUCCCUGGAUUCUGCGCCGCCCUCCCAGUCCUCAGACAUUCAAAGCCUCAGCGAAGACGACGACGACAUCAGCCUGGUCUCCAAGAAUAACACCACUGGAGUAAAAAACUCCCGAGAGAAACCCCAUCUCCGUGUAUCCAGCAGCACCGCCGCCUCUGCGCAUUCGCGAGGCAUUGCUCCUGGCCAGAGUCGUGGUUCAAAACGAGCAGCAUACGAAAAGACCUUUGGACCCGGAGUCGAGGACUUGUCUGACGUCCUCCGCGCCCGAGAUAGUUGGCUGAAAGGCCGGGACGUGACAAUUCCUAGUCGUCGAUCAAUAUCCAAUGCCAUUGCGCAUUCCCGGACAUCACGGUCAAGUUGUGCUCCCACUGGCAAUGAAGCGCAUACCCCCUUGAGCCCAAUAUCGACAAACGACACCCCCCUGGCUGAGAUAAUCCAUAACAACCAAAUUCUCACAGAAAUAGACGACCAAGAGCUUCAUGAAAAAUACCUACCACGGCGUGCAACAUCCCAUUCCAUUGUCCUCGGCGCGAGAGGAAAGCAAUCGAGAUUUAACCUCGCCCAGCUGUCCUCCUUGGAUUUUGGUCAGGCUUGGUCUGUAGAUACAAAAAGCUAUAUGGCCGCAGAGCAGGCUAUCCGAGAAUCGGUCCCAAAUCGUCGGCAUCACGAAGGCUGGUUGCUUGAUGUCGGUGAGAAGGUUCAGUGUAUGGCAUGGGCUCCACUCAAUGGGCAUCUACAAUACCUUGCCAUUGUUACUCGAUGCACACCUGGCCAGAGACGAUCUGUUCCAGGGGAUGGGAGUGACCGACCAGCAUUCCAUCCCUCACCUUCAUACUCGUCAAGCAUCCAAAUAUGGGCAUUUCAGACGGAGCCCACUGAAACUAACCAUGUCCGGACUUUGUCCUUCAAGGUCCCCCCAAUGUUGGCUCUCGUGGUCGCAACCGACUGGGGCGACAUACGCCGCAUCGAAUGGUGUCCAUCUAUAGCUACCGAGAUAAUUACGCACCCCACCUAUCGACCAGACGUUGUCACGGGUCUCCUUGGUGUAAUAUCGACCGAUGGCUGCGCCAGAGUGUUGGCUCUGCGUCUGCCUGAGAAUCUGAAUUCGCACAGCCCAAUCGCUCUCAAAGCUGAGCAGGCCGGCGUCACCAUAUCUCCACAUGCAGACAUGGUUUUUACCUGCCUCGCGUUCAUAGACCCCAAGAAUUUAACAGUGGGUGCCUCAGACGGGUCGAUCCAACUAUUUGACCUCGCUAGACAAAGCAAUGGCGGUCAGUCCCCAGAAAGCUAUUUCAAACAACAAGUGCACAACACCUACAUCACCUCUCUCUGCUCAGCCUCGCCGAGUCCCUGCUCCACCUUUAUUGCGAGCACCUCCGCUUCGGGCGAGCUGGUGCUCACCGACCUGCGUAGCCCGGACCAGGAUAAGAUAUCUAUUCCUAGAGCAUGCUUUCCCCACCGCGAUCUCCUUUUCUCGCCUUUCACACGCUCGUUCAUCACCGGGCUGGAUAGAGCAGGAAAUACGCAUGUCGAAACCCACUCGGCCACCUUCGUUGUCUGCCACCACCUGCGGCAGUUCCCCACCGGUUUGAGGAUAGCUAAACUUCCGGACUAUACGGGAGCAGUGACGGCCCUGGCAAAUUCCCCCUGGCAUCCGUGCAUUCUGAUCGGAAAUGCUCGAGGUCAGGUGUUAUCAACCAACUAUCUGCGUAAAGUUCUCCCUUACCGACGAGGAGAUCCCCGCAAAGCCGCAGACGCUUACCUACAAAAAAUAUGCGAGUAUGACUGGCGGCCACUCUCGGCAGACGAGCUUGGCGAUCCCUCACAUUUGCUCGGGGCGCCGGAAGAAGUUGAUCUAUACCAUGGCCAAGGAGUGAGGCCAGGUCUGUCUCGCUUCCAUGAAGGCUUCAAGCCUGAGAGGGUUGAAGUGGGGUCGGUGCCAUUGACAAGGAAAACGCUGCAACAGAAGGACAUCGGAGUUGCAGAGCCCAUUUUCGAAGAAGAACAGGCUGUCACAUCCAUCGAUUGGUGUCCUAAUGCCGCUUGCGCAGGGCUGGCCGCUAUCGGUUGGGGUAGUGGAAUUGUUCGAGUCCAAGAUCUUGCCCAUGAUCUGGUAUGA